CCCUGGCCUCUCGGACCAUGCCCCGCCGUUUACGGGCGCGCAAAGCCCCCAGCAGCUUCGAGCCUCUCCGAGACCCGGCUCCCCGAGGCUGAAGCCCGCGAACCCGCGGACACUGGACUGGUCUCCCAGACCCGGAUCUCCAGACUCCGAUCUUUGCCCGCUUCACCCGCCUCCGCCACCAUCUGGGCGGGAGACGGGUCUGGUGUUUUUUUUGGGGGGGUGUGGUGUAGGGAAAGGAAUCCUGGGGAUUUCUGCCCCCCCUUUUGGCCUUUGGGGCUUCAGACUCAGGGAACUCGCUCAUGGCUUUCUUGAUGAAGAAGAAGAAAUUCAAAUUCCAAACCACUUUCACCCUGGAGGAGCUGACUGCGGUCCCCUUCGUGAACGGGGUCCUCUUCUGCAAGGUCCGGCUGCUGGAUGGAGGAGAUUUUGUCAGUUUGUCGUCAAGGGAGGAGGUACAGGAGAACUGCGUGCGCUGGCGGAAGAGGUUCGCCUUCGUGUGUAAGAUGAGUGCCAACCCAGCCACGGGCCUGCUGGACCCCUGCAUUUUCCGCGUGUCUGUGCGCAAGGAGCUGAAAGGUGGAAAGGCUUAUUCCAAGCUGGGCUUUGCCGACCUGAACCUGGCCGAGUUUGCGGGCUCAGGCUCUACAGUGCGCUGCUGCCUGCUGGAGGGGUAUGACACGAAGAACACCCGGCAGGACAACUCCAUCCUCAAGGUCACCAUUGGAAUGUCCCUGCUCUCUGGAGACCCCUGCUUCAAGACGCCACCGUCUACUGCCAAGUCCAUCUCCAUCCCCGGCCAGGAUGCCUCUCUGCAGCUGACGUGUAAAGGUGGUGGGACCAGCAGCGGUGGCAGCAGCAGCACCAACUCUCUCACAGGGUCUCGGCCUCCCAAGGUCCGGCCCACCAUCCUGGGUUCAGGGCUGCUGGAGGAGCCAGACCAGAACCUGUCCAGCCCAGAGGAGGUGCCACAUUCCGGCCAUUCCCGCAGCUCCAGCUAUGCCAGCCAGCAGUCCAAGGUCUCUGGCUACAGCACGGAGCACUCGUGCUCCUCCAGCCUGUCAGACCUCACACACCGCCGCAACACGUCCACCAGCAGCAGCACCUCGGGCGGCCCGGGCCCAGCCGUGGAGGGCCCCGAGGGCAGCGAGCGUGAGCACCGGCCCCCUGAAAAGCCACCAAGACCCCCUCGGCCUCUGCACCUGUCGGACCGCUCAUUUCGCAGGCGGAAGAAGGACUCGGUGGAGAGCCACCCGACCUGGGUGGACGACACCCGGAUCGACGCGGACGACAUCGUGGAGAAGAUCAUGCAGAGCCAGGACUUCACAGAUGGCAGCAACACUGAGGACAGCAACCUUCGGUUAUUUGUGAGCCGGGACGGCUCGACGACGCUGAGUGGCAUCCAGCUGGCCAACAGGGUCUCCUCUGGGGUCUACGAGCCCGUCGUGAUCGAGAGCCAUUGAAGGCAGGUGUCAGGCUGGAGAGGGGCCGCCCUCAGGGCACCAGACCUGUGCCCUCCCGCGAGGAACCGUCUCCCUCAGGUCCGCGCUGCAUCUCAUCUGUGCCUGCUCUGCGCACUCCAGCCCACCCGUUCCUGAGCAUCAUUCCAUGGUCCCCGUUAUCCCAGGAUCCUCCUGGCCACCAGGGCCCCCACCACUGUGAAUACUCCUCCAAACCACUAGUGGGCCGGGUGGGUAGGCCCACGCUGAGGGCAGGACAGCGGCACAAGCCUGUGACCCCCAAGACAUAGCAGCUCCUCAGUGUUUGGAGACACCUUCGGCUGUGGGGCUGCCCCUCCUGUGACCUCUGCACCCAGGAGUGCAAGCUUCGGCCAGGCACCAACAGGGCCGUGCUCCAUCGUCCCAGCCUCAGAACUCUGCCACCACUGACCUUCUGCUUAGUGUUUCCGCUGUCCCUUCCUGUGUCCUAGGGGACCCGCAGGCAGCCUCCUCCUGGGAGCCUCAGCCCAGACUCACUCCAGGUUGCGCCUCCCUGCUUGCCCAGUGAAUGUCCUCCUGCCGCCCCGGCAGCCUGCACUUUGCACACGUCCCCAUCAUAGCCCACACUGGCCCUGUGACCCCUCCCUGAAGCCUCCUGGGCACUGCCCGCUGUGCGGUGAUGGGCCCAGGGUCUGCAGCCCGCCUGGAAUUCGGGCUGCCUCUGCCCCUGCCUCAGCCAGCUCACCUAACCAUGGUGGGAAAGCACCUGGUGUCACAGUGUCCCUGCCCAGGGCUGGCUCCCGAGCAGCUGCUUCUCCACAGGAAGGACGGCCCAGCAGGGCUGGUCGAGCAGAGCACCUCUCUGUGCCCUCAGGACUGUGGCCCAGCUCAGGCCAAGGCUGGGGCAGCUGGUGGGCUGUGGCUGGACUGGCCUGAAGCUGGCUUCCUGCCUGACAAGUCUCAGCCCCUCUCUGGAAGCACCUGGCUGCUGGGCGGGCAGGGUUGGCCCCUAGGGCGCUUUCCCAGCGGGGAGCAUUUCGGCUCCCCUUGUCCCACCCCAGCCUCUGCUCUCAGCACUUUGAUCCCAGUCCUCAGAAUUUGCUUGAAGGAGGGUCUGGCUGCACCAGGCUCAAGUUCCCCCAUCCUUUUAAGUUUCCCCCGUUUUGUAUAAACCCAGCUGGCUGGUGUUUACCUAGGUCUGUAGGUUCUUUCUUUUUGCUUUUCUCCUCUUUUUUUUUUUUAAGUUCACAGUUCAGUAUUCCUUCCUCCUGUGCUGGGAGGAGGCGCCUCUGUUCUCACCCUCUGCCAGCUGCGCCCCAGAAGUGCUGGGAACCUAGAUGGGCCAGGAAGCUGGUGGAGUACCCUCACCAGGCAGGGGGUUCCUCCCAACCCUGCCCUGGCCCGGCGGGCAACGGUGGGCUGCUGGGUGGUGGAACUCCCUGGUGUUGGGACCAGAGCAUGUGUAAGGCUAUUGUCUUUGUCGUCAUUCACCUGGUAAUUUAGAAAGUGAAUGUUAGAAGGUGCCUGCGAGGCAGGACAGAACAUGGGCUCUGGCCAGCUUGGAGUAUCCCUUCCCGCCCAGCAGAAUCCUGGCGCUUUAAAAGGAAGCUGGCCGUUCUCUCCCUAGACAAGGUAUCCUCUAGAAGAUGGGUGCCCUUCCCUUCUGUGGCUCUGACCUCACCCCACCCAGGGAGGUGGUGGUUAGAGUAUAAUGGGGCUUUGUGCAUUGUUAGGGAGACCCCAGAACCAGGAGCCCCAGCCCACGCAUUGAAGUGUGAGCUUGAGUCACCCGAAAGCAGCGGCCUGCCGCAUCCUCCCGCGCCAGGCCCCAGGCCAGGGUAACCGGCCUGAGAAUCUGACCAUAACCAAA